UACAGUUUUGGGGUUAACUUAUAACACAUUAAAAAUCUUCAUUUAUUGUAACUGUUAAAAAUUUGACAACUGGGAACUGGCGUUAUAAAAAACCUCAGAAUGGCUGAAGCAGCAGAGAAAACAGAAGACAAGAAGUUGGAUUGGAUGUACAGAGAUGCAUCUCAAAUUGUUGACAGAGAAGAAUAUUUACUUGGAAGAAAAGUUGAUAAACAGUUUGAAGCCAGUGUGUUACCUCCAGAUAGGGAGCAAGAAUGUCUACCCCCAUCAAUUUUCUCUUGUGGUGCAAGAGAAAGCCAAGUUGAUAUUGCCCGAAAGCUCCAAGAAGAUCCAUUAUAUCUCAUAAAGAAAAAAGAAAUAGAAUUCAGAGAACAACUUAUGAAAAACCCAAGGAAAAUGAAGCAACUUCAGGAGAUGAUAGCAUUGCAGCAAGCCAAAGCUGAGAAGCUUAAAAGAAAAACUAUAAAGAAACAGAAAAAGAAGGAAUUAGAUACACUUUUACUAAAAAAGUGUCAUAAAUUAUUUGGCGGGGAUGGUACUAAAAGACUGGCAAUGUUAGACAAUAGUAACAGUGACUCCACCACCAGCAGUAGUAGCAGUAACAGUAGUGUUUCAACAAAAAGAAAAAAGAAAAAGGAAAGAAAAAACCUUGAUAAGAUACUGGCUUUGAAAUUGAAAAAAGUUAAAGGGAAUUUAGAUGUGAAGCACAUUGCAGAAAUGGACUCGAGUAGCGAAAGUAGUAGCGAAGAUGAAAAUAAUACUAAAUCAAAAAGGGAAAAAGAAAAGUCUUUCCAAACUUCCAAGCAUAAGAGGCAAAAUCGGGAAAUAAAGAAAAGUGUUAAAACCAAAAGCAAAAGGGAUAGAAACAAUAGCAAUAGCAGUGAAGAUGAAAGCAAAGAAAGGAAGAGGUAUAAGAAAAAAGGUAAAAACGACAAUCAUAAUUUACCUAAAAGAUAUGCAGAAAGUAAGAGAGGGAAUAAAAACAAUGAAGCUACCGAUAGUGAAUCCUCAAGCGAAGAUACAGAUAAUACUUGUGAAAAAGGACGAUUGAAGAGGUACCCUGAGAAAAAGUCUUGCCACAGAAAAAGGUAUGAAGUGGAUAGUAAGCAAAUACAUGAACGAAACAUAUCUGAAAAAAGAUACAGGAGGGAUGGAGAGGGAACCACACUUAAGCAAAAGAGUAUUAAAAGUAACAAAGACCAACCUCAAAAAGAAAACAAAAAUUCUAAGAAAAGAAAAAAAUCCUCAAGAUCAUCAUCUGAGAGUAGUAGUUGCAGCAGCAGCAGCAAAAAUGAAGAAUCACAUAAACCUCAUAAAAAACAUGUUAAGGGUCAGCCAGCCCAAGUAAGCUCAUCUGAAAGUAGUUCUGAGUCAACAGAAAGCAGGAAAAAAUCUACCAAAGGCAAACAGAGCCAUAGAAGAGAUAGUUCAAAUACUCCUUCUGAAAGCUCUUCUGAUGAAAUAAAACGACCACCAAAGAAACAAUAUGGACUUGUGUUACCAGCGAACUAUGUUCCAAAACAAAAACCAAAAGAUGACAAGAAACCAGCAUUGAAGAAAGAAGAAGAAUCAAACAAGCCAAUAAAAAAAGAAGAAAAAGUGAAACUAACAGCUGAAGAAAAAGAAAGAAAGUUGAAAGAAAUGAUGGACAAUGCAAAAUGGAGAGAUGAGCAGCGAGAUAGAAAUAUCAAAGCAUUCAGAGAAAAAGAGAAGGCUGAAAAAGACGAUUAUGUCUACAAUGAAAAUUUUCUAAGAAAGCAAAUGGCGAUCGCCGUCUCCCAAGGCACAGUCGAGUCUCGAGUCAAAGCCAACAUCAACACUAUACAGAGAAGUGGAGCCUCUAUGAGUGAACACUUUGCCAGGAGAAAGUAACUUCUACAUUUAUAGUUCUUUGAAAACAGUCAUUUGAGUGAAGUAGCCUAGUGAUUUUGCAUCACAAGUGAUAUUUUUGACAGUCAAUAGUGCUUGUGAUUUUUAGACAAAAGUAUGAUUUUUUAAAUGUAUAUUUUGUAAAUAUAUAU